AUGACCAGCGUGGAAUCUCAGCAGGCUCACUGGCCCGUGCACGUCGAAGUUCGCGUGAAACAGACUGCAACAGCGCGAUUCGACACAAUACGCAACUACGUGCACCAGUACAUAACAUCAUCAUUCUCGCACAUAUACCUACCCUCAGUGCUGCAAGGCUGGGAAGACGUUCCUCUGCUGUCUUCUUCUGUCGACCGCAUACGCGCAUCGGAGUCGCCAUGUCCAUCUCCGUCUCUGCCAAUAGAGCAGAUCUCGCUGCAGAUACAUGUUUAUCAACCUACAGACUCAGGCGCCUUUGACGAGCUUGCAACCGGAGGCAGUCGAGCGGAUGGCGAGGAGGUGAUGGCAGCCAGUGUGUGCGAGCUCCCUAGCCUGAACUGGGAAGGCUUGUGGGAGAGCUUAAUAUACUCUGACGGUAUCAAGGCUAAACUCCUAGACUACAUAUACGCUACUGUAGUCUUCAGCGAUGCUGAUGUAGAUUUCAACGUUGUUUCCUGGAACCGAGUCGUUCUGCUACAUGGACCACCAGGGACGGGUAAAACGUCUCUAUGCCGCGCUCUGGCGCAAAAGCUCUCCAUUCGUCUCUCCGAUCGGUAUCCACAUUCACGGCUACUCGAAAUCAACUCCCAUUCUCUGUUUUCUCGAUGGUUCUCCGAAUCUGGAAAGCUUGUACAACGGCUGUUCAGCACUGUUACGGAUAUGGUGGAAGAUGAGGAUACAUUUGUAGUCGUGCUCAUAGAUGAGGUUGAGUCACUGACAUCUGCACGAGCUGGUGCUAUGGCGGGCACUGAACCAUCUGACGCGCUCCGGGUAGUCAACGCUCUUCUAACCCAGCUAGAUAAGCUGAAGCAUCGCAAGAAUGUCCUAGUCAUGUCCACGAGUAACCUAGCUAAAGCUAUAGACUCAGCGUUCGUUGAUCGCGCGGAUAUUAUCCAAUACGUUGACCUGCCUCCACGGGACGCCAUCUACGAGAUCCUACGAGGCUGUCUCUCCGAGCUCGUGGCGAAAGGCAUCGUUAGCAACAUUGAUGUUCCAAGCUUGACACGGGCUGUACUCUACGAACGAACCUCUUCAUUUCCGCCAACAGUCAGGACUCCAGCUACCACUACCGCCAAUGGCCUGCCUCUGUUGGCACCUCCCGGAUGCGAGCCGGUUUCAGAUACACCCGCUCCCGCGCCAAGUAGCAGCGAGCAGCGAGAGCAGUCGAAAUAUGUCGCCUUAAGAUUGCUUAACCUGGCGGAGAAAUGCAAGAAUCAGGGUAUGUCUGGCCGAUCGUUGCGCCGUCUACCUGUGCUUGCGCAUGCGAAGUUCAUCGGCACCAUGGCCAUGCUCCCUCCGAAAUCUCUCAGUCCACACAUGAAUGAUAUCUCAGGAAGAGCGCGGCAGAGGGGGGAAGGUAUGGAUGUUCUAGUGUGGUUAGACGCGAUGGACAGGGUGGUAGAAGGGCAAGGAAUUGAGCGGGAGCGCUUGGAUCGUCAGUGA